AUGCCACCCAAAAAGAAGCCCGAAUCCAAUCCACAUUUUCGCCCGCAUCCAACUGACCCCGAGCUCACUCAGUGCAUUCCCUGUGAGUUCUUUGGGCUGCAAGGAAAAGAGUAUACCAAGAAGUCGGGCAUACGGAAACACAUCAGCACACCAGCUCAUAUUUCUUGUGUAACUCGUUUUGCGGAAAAGGCACAAGAGGCGGCAAAAGCUGAAAAAUCUCGAAAUUUGUCUAUACAAAAUGCUUACAUGGCCCCACCGCUUAUUCACCCUGCACAAUCCAACUCGUCAACCUCACCUCUGUCUCGUCUUCCCAUGAUUUCCGCGGAACCACCGGAGUUGCUUGACCAUAACAUGGCAGACUUCCAGUUUAUUGCGCAGGGUCUUGCACAGAACGAUGUUGAGCAACGCGCUCAAGACGAAUCGGAUACGCCUGCCCUGGAUCUCCAGCAGGAGUUCGAACGGAUCUUGGCGGAGGCUCUGAGCCAUACCGAGACUGAAGAUGGUGAGGAUGAGGAGUUCGAACAAUUGCUCACCGAGGAGGACGAUGAAGGCAUCGUGGAGCCUGAUCCGUUGUGUGCCCCAUACCCAAAUCGCACCGUCAUGUUGCUCGAUGUCAUUGAUAAUCUUGCACGCUGCCGCUUCACCGGUGUUCAGAUGCUCCUUGUCUUGAAGCUGCUUAAAUGCCUUGGUGCUCACGACAUUCCAACGUUGAAGUCACUUCGCAAAAUUCAGAAGCAAAUCCAUACCGAGGUUGGGAACACACCAACGAAAAUCACCACCGCCUUUGGUAAUGUCUUUUACAUCAACGACAUUCGCGACUCGAUUGCACGCGAUUUUGCAAACCCUCUCGUUGCUCCACAUCUCCAUCUCUAUCCUGAAGAGGUCCUCGGUGGCCCUGUUUUGGAGCGGUGGCAAGCCGAGCGCAUUUUCGAGUAUACGCCUGACCAACUGACGCCGAUGUACUCCAACGGGAAUCGCAGAUACUGGAUUAAUGAGGUGGCGCAACUGAAAGACGGGCAGUUUGUUAUCCCAACCACAUGGAUUAUUCGGAACGGGAGACUCACAUCCAAUGUGCUAUUGGUAUCACGAAAUGCCGAUUCGAGCUGGGAUUGCUCCGGGCGCGAGCUUCGGAUUGAUGCCCUUGACCUUUCGGCCAACUUUGACGACAUGGUCGACGAGUAUGGCGCAAACUUGACAUGGAGCGAUCGAUCGCAGGCCUUUGUCGUCGCAAUGCCUAACCCACAACGCCAACUCUUUGGAAAUCGUGACCUGUAUGUGGUUGGCUUGUCGAAUACGGCGGUUCCGGGGCGGCUCUUGAAGCAGGAGUUUCAUAUUCAUUUCAUGGCUGCGUCGCAAAAUGUAUCGACAACCGAGUUCUCAGCAGCGCUGCGCGAUUCGAUUAAGGCGACAGAGACCAACCCCAUUGUAUGUUACAACGCCGAAUCAGGGCAGGAGGCAGCCUUGAUUUUGCGGCUGCAUCACAAGGACGGCGAUAAUCCCCAGCGGUCGGAGGAGGCCAGUCAUAUUGGCUGUCAUGCGAACAAGCCCUGUCGAAAAUGUAAAUGGGGCGGUUCGCAGAAGGAGAAAGAGACGGCCGCAACAUACCAUGCCGCCCAUGCACCUGGCAUUGCACGCACUGCUGCGGAAAUUCGGGUUGAUCUGUGA